AUGCUCGACUUUACAGAAAAAGUUGUCCUCAUCACCGGGAUCGGAUGCCAGGGGGUCGGGUGGGGAAAUGGACUCGCAAUUGGCGCCUCGUUUGCGAGCCAGGGAGCGACGGUCUUUGGCUGCGACAUAAUCCUAGCAGCGGCGGAGGAAGCUCGCUGGAGGAUCCUCGAGCGGACGGCAAACGCCACUAUCACCGUCAUGCAGGCAGAUGCCACCUCAGCGGAGAGUAUGGAAGCAUUUGUUAGUGCGUGCGUUGCGAAGCACGGGCGAAUCGAUGUUCUCGUCAACAACGUCGGCCGCAGCGAGCCUGGGGAUCCGGCAACAAUGACGGAGAAUACCUGGAAUGGGCAAAUCGACAUCAAUCUGAAGUCUGUGUAUCUGACGACUCAUUUGGUGCUUCCUAUCAUGGAAAAGCAGGACAGCGGGGGCUGCAUCGUCAACAUCUCUUCCGUUGCGGGAUUACGGUAUAUCGGAAAGCCGCAGGUUGCGUAUGCGACAGCAAAAGCGGCAAUUGUCCAAUUUACGAAAACGACAGCGGUGAUGUACGCGUCUCGGAAGAUUCGAGUCAAUGUUGUCACCCCGGGGUUGAUAGACACGCCUCUCGUCCACCGGCUCGCCGAGAAAUACGCUGGGGGCGAAUACGACAAGUUCCGCCAAACGCGAGACCGGCAGGUGCCGAUGGGCGCCAUGGGAACUGCUUGGGACGUUGCAAAUGCUGUAGUAUUCAUGGCAGCUCGGGAGGCUGCAUACAUUACAGGGUCGGAGCUUGUGGUGGACGGAGGCCUUGUUUGCAGCACAGGCGAUCCCGGAGUAUGA